AUGGAGACAUACCAUGGAUUUGUGCGGACACCGGCAGACGCCAUCAAGCUCUUCGAGGCUUGCAGAUUAGGUCUCCUCCCGAGAGUACAGAGGCGGCUUUCAGAGAAGGAGAGGCAGUCGAUCAGGUCUGGGUCCGUCUUUGUUUGGGAUGAAAGAGAAGCUGGCAUGCGACGAUGGACAGACGGAAAGUCUUGGAGCGCCAGCAGAGUUUCCGGCAGUUUUCUCACUUACAGAGAGAUGGAGGGAAAGCGAGGCAGCGGGUUCGGCAACUCGAGACGCAGCAAUGGCAGGACACCCGACAGCGGUCGCUUUAGUGACGAAGAUCCUGACGGAGAACCAGAAGGCUAUCGAUACAAGGCGGAUGGGCUCAUGAAGCAGUCUUUCAGCAUCACAACCUCGCAAGGCCAACACUUGCAUCUCAUCUCAUACUAUUCCCGGCCGCACCCUGGAGCUCCAGACCUACCACAACCGAGCUCUGAUGCCAGCUUGAGACAUAUUGUGCCCACCAAGGGCAUGUAUCCAGAGUCUAGCAUGCAUGAUUCCAACCCGCCG